UUUUCCUUUUUUUCUCCCCUCACUAAAAACUUUCUGUCCUGUGAGGGUCUCAGAUAGUUUCUGUGAAGCAGUGAUGGACUGACAGUGUGGAUUAAUUAAAGGCUUCGUCAUGGAAACAGUCAGGAAUCAAAAGGCUGUUCUGGUCGUCAUUUAAUCCACCUCACCACAGAUAUUUCGCUGCAGGUUUAAGGCACGUUUGCUCCACAGCUGACUGGCAGAAAUGAUAUUCCGUCUGUCUGUUUUAGCUGUCUUCAGUCUGUUUGUGUGUCAGUGUGAUGGCGGCUGUGCAGAGGUGGACUCUCUGACUGAAGCUGUGGCCGGAGAAGGAUUCCUGCUGGGCUGCAUCUCCUGUAAGAAGAGAGAGGAGGUUUCAGGCCGAGCCACCGUCGACUGGCACUUCAGACCGCUGGGCGAAGAAGACUUCAUUCAUAUUUUCCACUACGACCACCCGACUGCCGACAUCCUCCAUGACGAUUUCGGCGGCCGUCUGGAGUGGCAGGGAACCCAAAGCAAUGACAUUCAGACCGGUGCUGUUUACAUGCACAAUGUCACCUUCAACGACACCGGGACGUACCGCUGCACCUUCCACCGGACGCUCUUCCUGUCGCUGGCCAAUGAGCACGUCACCGUGGAGAAGGAGGUGGAGCUGACGGUGGUGGCUGUAGCCAAUCGGGAGCUGACUGCUGUGAUCGCAGAGAUCAUGAUGUACGUGCUGAUCAUGUUUCUGCAGCUGUGGCUCAUUGUGGUUCUGGUCUACUGCUACAGGAAGGUUUGGGAUGAGCAUGAAGCCCGGGAGGCUCGUAAAGCUCUCAAGGCUCAGGCAGAACUGUUAGAAUCAAAAGACAACUGUGACGGGGUGCAGCUGGAGUAACAUAAGUGGUGAAAAAAAUCUUCUCUGCAGGAGUCGCGCUUCGUUGCUGCUACAGGAUUUUAAAGUCAGCCAAUUUGAAUACCUUAGUGGGAGACAGCAGAUUUUUGUUUAAAUACAGGUGAAUCUGAGCAUCUGUGGCUUUUUAUUUUAAAAAGGCCUUCAUGUAUUAUUAGCGACUUGCAAAAUAUCAGCUAUGACAGCCACAAUUACCAGAAAGUGAUGCUUUUACUUUUUGUGCAGUAUUUGCCUCCAUUUAAACAACACAAAGGAGAUAUAAAGAAAUGCUGCACCGACAAACUAACCACACAGUUAGCUUAUUAUUUUAGCAUUUGCUGACAUGGAAACAUUUACUGGGAAAUUGAAAUAAAACAAAUUAAAAAAGUGGGGGAAAAAAACACCUAAUUAAUCAGAAUGCCUCAGCUGUCAUUUCUGUAGGAUGUACAGUUAGGGUUAUCAUCUUUCUAUUAAUUUUCCCCAAAUCUAAAAUCAAAAGCCACAAAUGAGGCGUCAAAGUGAUUAACUUUGAGAAAGUCUUUGUCAAGCCACAGCAGUUCUUCAGUUUUGUAGAUAUGAGCUUUUAUCUCGAAAUGACUUGUGAGUAGUUUCAUUCUACACUCAGCAUCAGCAGGACGUCUUAACUUACUAAAGCUAACAUUCAAAAACACUUGGUUCUCCUCGAUCUGCACUGGAAAAAAAAAUCAAAUGACUGCUGCUGAAGUGACAUUUGUAUUAUAUGUAUUCUACACAAAACAAUUUUUAAAUAAAGUCAAUGCAUGACGUUGGAUCUUAGCAAUAGAUUUGCUGAAUUUGUGUCCAGAAUUACAGAGUUUGAACGUAAAAGAACAAAUACAACUAAAAAGAAUUACCUUAAAGUUACGAAAAAGGUUAAAUUGACAGCGUGAGCCUGAAGCUUUAUAGAAAGACCUGCAUAUUUAGAAACAAAUAAAUAUUGUCAUUUAACUUUUUUGUGUGUAAUUUAAGAAAGCAUAAAAAAAAAACAUUUAAAUUUAACUUACUGCAUUAUUGGCAUGAAAAUUUUACUGAUUUAUAUCUACGUUUUCUGAAAACAGAAAACUACUGUAAAAUUCAGAUAUUUUUUACAGUGUACUUCAUGUCUGGUCAAGUUUGUAAAUGAGCUUUAAUAAAGUUGGUGUUUUUGUUAUUGCCUGUUGGAUUUACUAGUCUACAAAUGAAGUGUAAUGUGCAUUUUAACAAUGUCACUAUAAAACUGAAGCACAAAAUACAGCAGCUUCAGGAAGUAUUCAGAUAACUUCACUUUUUGGAAUCUAAAUUUCAGAAUCCAGAAAAUAAACAAACAGAAAGAUGCGCUGGAUUUUUAACUUCCUGACGGUUCUUGGAUUAACGGCGUGUUACAUUCUGGUGGAAAUUCAAACAAAUCUAACUUUAAAAUUGUGAUAUUUGAUCAAAAAUCUCUUUAUUCUGUGUCACAUCUUAAAAAAUUGUUAAAAAAAGAAGUGUACCGUGUG